AAUUUGCUGUUGGCAUAUAAACUGCGCAGUUUGUUUAUUUUUAGCCAUGAGCAAUACAAAUGAUAUAAUUUGCACGAAUAAUGAGUUCAAGGAGUUCAAGUUUCCACCUGUCUGGAGGGAUAAAUCCAAAAUAAAGGUACUAUUUGCUAGCUUUCAUCCGCGCCACAUCAACAUUGAAGAAUAUGAUGCAAAACUGCUGUUUUGGAUGGAUCUCAUAAGACAAUAUUGUACGUAUUUGGGAAAAGCAAAUUUUUGUUUGCGUGAGCUCCAAUUACAGUUCAUGCGUGGCGAGCAAAUACCAGCCUGCCUAGACGUAGUGAUGUCUGAAAUGGAGCAACAAAAACAGAUUCGUCGACGCACUGAAUACGAAGAGGACCCACUAAAUACUUGGAGAGCCUGGAUUGUCAACAGCUUCGUAAAGCGCCCGCUCUGGCGCAGCUGGGAAAAACUGAAAUAUAGCAUUUUUUCAAGAGAUGUCAAGGCAGAAUCUUUUACUGAAUGGAUUCACUUAGAUGUGUUAGGCGCUAUCUGCAGUGAAGUGGAGGAAAAGGUUCUAAGGAAACAUCGUGGAAAACUGCUGCAUUUGGAAGCUUUCAAGAAGCUUUGUAAAACAUGUGAAGUUCGCAUUCAUGAAGAGUUCAUCGACUUGUGUCUUCUUACGCUACAGGCACGCCAACAAGUGGCCAUACAGUAUAAAAUGGAAAGGGAAAAAUGUUACGUGCACCUUAUAAAAAUUCCAGAUGAGAAUGAAAGUCCGAACAUAAGUGAGGCAGACCUGGCCAUGCAUAAUCUGGAGAUGACGCAGGCUAGUCUGCUGCAACAGCUGGAAUCGUUGGAAGAAGAGAUUAAAGCAAACGAUGAUAAAGCACGUCAAUAUGUGAAGGAAAACAAAAGGCAAUUAGCGAAAACAUACCUCAGGAAAAGGCGUUUGUUGGAAAAGAACCACGAGCGACGCAGCCUUGCACUCCAUAAUAUAGAACUCCUUCUGUCGAAUGUGGAGGAGGCGCAUAACAACGGCGUGCUGCUUGACGCUUAUAAGAUUGGUACUAAGGCCUUGCAGAAGGUUCUCAGUGAUUCCGGCCUUAAGUACGACAAUGUGGAUGAAGUUCUUGCCGAUGUGCGCGAAACAUUGGAUCAACAUCGGGAAAUUCAAGAUGUUAUGUCCAGUAGCACAGCAGAAGUAACGGCCAACCAAGAUGAAGAAGAGUUGGAAGUAGAGCUCACCAACCUGAUGGGUGGAACCGAUCAGGAAAUGAAACCAUUAAGUCUAUACAAUAAUAACAAUAAAACUGAGAUUGUAAUUGAGGAUGAUCAGUUAAUUGCCAUGCUAAAUGAUCUGGAGGUGGAGGAUGGUACCUUAUCGCAGGUUAGCCAAAGAACAAUGGAAUCUAUGUAAAGAAGGCUGCUUAUGUGUUUUUUUAAAUAAAUGUCAUAUUUUUUAA